AUGGACAGUACGAUACCUGGCGCAAUUAAUUUACCACCAUGUAAAAGAGCCACUAGCCGGGAAAAAUCGGCUACACUUUGGAAAAGGGCAAAAGACCAACUGGACUCAGAGUCUGAGCCCAGUAAUAUUGAGGAGUUCCCUGAGUCCUAUAUGGAGGAUUCAGAGGAUCUUUCUGAUCCUAAUUAUGUAAUAACUGAUGGAGAGGAGGCUAAUUGCACGCGGGCUAUACUUCCCAUUAAACCUACAAAGAUUGUUGUAGAUCAUGCAGCCUCAGGGGAUGCCGAUAGGAUCUUGGACCCUCAAUAUGAACCCCUAUUUGAAACCUGA